AGAUUUGCGAAGACUUCCGUCAACAAGCGCUCUCUCCGCCGUGUAGAGCGGAUAACGGAGUCUCCGGUCAGACAUGCCUUUUCUCGGUCAAGAUUGGCGUUCCCCAGGGUGGAGCUGGAUAAAAACAGAGGAUGGAUGGAAAAGGUGUGAAUACCCCUGUGAUGACGCUGAAAGCAACAACCUUAAUCUCCACCUAUUAAAUAUCAAUGAUGGCGAAAGCUUUGAGGAUGAAAACUGCUCUCUACCCCCUACCAAAAGUGAAAAGGAUCAAUUCAACAACACUACAAAGUCGCAGUACUUUUACCAAGAGAAGUGGAUUUAUGUGCACAAAGAAAGUACAAGAGAAAGACAUGGGUAUUGUACCUUGGGUGAAGCCUUCAAUCGUUUAGACUUUUCAAGUGCAAUCCAGGACAUCCGAAGAUUCAAUUAUGUUGCUAAAUUGCUGCAGCUGAUUGCAAAAUCUCAGCUCACAUCCCUGAGUGGGGCGGCACAGAAGAAUUAUUUUAACAUUUUGGAAAUUAUUGUAAGAAAAGUUCUUGAAGAUCAGUACAAUCCACAGUUAAUUCGAGACCUUCUCCAUGACCUGAGCUCCACCCUGAUCAGGGAAGUCGGCCGAUGUGUAUUGAUAGGCAACAUCAACAUCUGGAUUUCUCGGCUGGAGACUAUUCUUUCAUGGCAAGAGCAGCUCAUGAACCUGCAGAUCAGUCCGAUACUUGGCAAUGGUCUAACCCUAUGCGAUCUACCACAACAAAUGAAAAGCAAUAUCCUCUUCAGAUUUUCUGAUGCCUGGGAUAUAAUCAAGCUGGGUCAAAUGACCCCUUCAUGGCAUAUGCUUAGCGAAGACCACUAUCUCUGGAAAGAACUCUGCAAAUACCACUUUUCGGAGAAAAUGUUUUGUAAAGAUUUGAUCUUCACAGAAAAUGGUCAUAUUGACUGGAAAUUAAUGUUCUUCACACUGGAGAAGUACUACCCAAAAAGAGAACAAUACGGGGAUACACUGCACUUCUGCCGUCAUUGCAGCAUUCUCUUUUGGAAGGACUCGGGCCACCCCUGCACGGCCAACGAUCCCCGGAGCUGCCUUACACCCAUCUCCCCGCAGCACUUUAUUGACCUCUUCAGAUUCUGAGGGCACCAGUUCACGGGAACUUUCUUUGUUUUAAUGAGGCAAAUAUUGAAUUGUUUUAAAGCACUUGUUAAGAAAGAGAUAAAAAAAAAAUAUAUAUUAAUGUGUAUGAAAUGUAUUAUGGUACAAAUAGGAGAGACCAAAUCUUUUACUGUUUUUAUAUGAUAAUGUCAUUGUAUGUUUUAUCUUGUGUCCUGAUUGCUUGGUCCACACUAAGGGGUUUAAUGAGCAGGUCCCUCAGGAUUAGAAAAUCCCUCCUAAGAGUCCUUGUCCCUAGCCAAUACUUUUGAUUCUGGGCAAGCUAAGUGACACCUAGUAUACCUGAUUCUGCAGCUCCUGUCAGUUGUUAGGCUAGUCCUGCCAGCAUGAAUCCUCCUCUCCUGCAGUAUUGCCAUUCAGAACUGUACUGAGCGGCGAGCCCCAUAGGAACAUAAUCAUCCAGCUCGCCCAGAGCCUGACUCAAGGUAGGUGUAGACACUCCACUUUUGUGAGGCUCUAGCUUGUGUGCAAAUUAUUUUGUCUAUUGCACUUUUAUGUUUCACGCACAGCAUUUGGCCUGACUGACUGCAGAAAUGUUAGAUUUUUUUUUCUUCCCCUUCCCCAUUGUGAUGGCAAUGAGCCUUCAAACACGUACAGCGGGUUAUUUACACAAGGAAGGAUUGUUAGAUGCAAUUGAAAUUAGUUUAGUUAGCCAUAGUCAUAAUUGUGUAAACCUACCUUAAGAAAUGGCAUAAUAAAAACCCUUGACAUGGGAAUUUAUAUCUGGCAUGGAGUUACAUGAGGUGACAAACACUCCUAUACAUGCACCAGUUACUAUAAAUAAAUAUAUACAGUUGUGUUCAAAAUAAUAGCAGUCAGACAUCACUAACCUGAUCAAUCACUGUUUUUGGUAGAAAUGAUAUUUCUACGUGGCAAAUAAUUUACUAGCAGG